ACAGAUGGACUGUGGAAGUUGACACAUGAACAAUAAGUGUCUCUCUUUGUGUAUAUAUACUAAGGGUUUGGUGGCAGAUUUUAGGGUGUGUUUGUUCAACACUCAGCUGCCAUGGGGUUCGAGCACUUGGUCAUUGUUAGGUUUAAGGAAGGCGCUGUGGUGGCGGACAUUAUGAAAGGCUUGGAGAAGCUGGUUUCUGAUGUUGAUCUUGUCAAGACCUUUGCAUGGGGAGAGGAUUUGGAGAGCCCAGAGAUGCUUACACAAGGAUUUACUCAUGCAAUCUCAAUGACUUUUGACAAGAAACAAGACUACACUGCUUUUCAAACACAUCCUAGUCAUGUUGAGUUCUCUGCUACAUUUUCAGCUGCCAUUGAGAAGAUUGUGGUUCUUUGUUUCUCAUCUGUUCAGGUUAAACCAGCUAUUGCAUGAUCUAUAUAUGAGAUCUAGAAAUUAAUAUUAGGAAGAUGGUAAUUUAUGGCCUUAUAUUUUGUGUGUGAGUAUCAACCUAUGUGUGUUAGCUUUGCAUGUAUAAUAAAGUGCUGGUAUCUAUUAUUUCUUGCAACUACAUCUCCAUGUAUCUUCAACAUUAAAUCUUGUAUCAAGGAAAUGUUUUUCUUGUUGUAUGUUCA